GAUAUUAUUGAAUGUGCUAUAGGAUUAUUGAACAAUGUCCGUUUAAAAAAUCUAGUUGUGUUGUUUAGUGAUAAUUGUCGUGCCUUAUUAAUUUAUUGAUUUUAGAGUUGUUAAAAAGGAGAUUACAUAGUCGAUUAGUUUAGUUGACUUAUUAAGUUGAAAUGGAGGGCUUAUAUAAAAUUAAUUUGGUACCAUGCGAUCUGAGUACAGAAGAGACAAUACUGCAAAUAGCAGACACCCUUGACAAUCUGAAUGGGAUAGUCGAAGAUGUGUUCGCGCGUCUGAAUCUCAGAAUAGAACAGAAUAAAGAAAAAGCGCUGAAGCUAUCACAGAGAGUAGAAUCAUCAAAAGCUAAGGUUGAGAAGUUGACCGGCAUUCAGACUGCGAUCAAAGUGUUCUCGAGCGCUAAGUAUCCUGCAUCGAUCACACAUGAACACUACCAAUCUAUAUUUGACUUGAACGGAUACAAGCAUAAGCCUCAAAAGGUUACUCUGAGCAAAAAGUCUCAGGGGAUGGCCAAUGAGAAACAGGCACAGGAAAGGCUACACUUCUUCCACGUCAAAGUGGGCAAGCCCAAAAACCCUGUACCGAAACCGGAUUUCGAUUUGAAAACCGUAGUAGAUACGUUAUCUACCGUGGGCGAGUUACUCGUCUUCAACACAGAUGAGAGUCCUUACCUCGGUGGUAAAACCAAGGCACCGGUAUACGUGCCUAGUGUUGCCAGUGCCGAAAACAGGAGUCUGUUGGAAGAAGCGCCCUCCUCUAUCAUGAAAAGAGAGCAUUUGAAAAGAGAAAUCGAUGAAUACAUGUACGCGCCUGGAAUGGGGAUGGUUCCCGAACUGGAGAUGCCUACCGAUCUCCCAGACCUUCCGGGCAUAGCCGGCGAUGUCCAAUUCUCCAUAGCCCAAGACGGCUCCAUAGCGCCUUCCGCCGUCACCUCCCCUGUGGCGCCCGUUAAAGAAAUAAUAGAUCCCGGUCUGCCAGAUAUAGCUGACUUACCGGACGUGAAGGAUUUGCCUGACAUAAAGGAUCUGCCGGAUGUGAAGGAUCUGCCUGACGUGGAUCUGCCGGAUGUGCCAGUGGCUAAUGUGCCGGCGGUCGAGUUGGGUGCGAGGGACCUGCCGCCUCCGCCGCCGCCGCCUCCACCUCCGCCGCCGCCGAUGGAGCCGCCGACACCGAAGGAAGCCCCCAGCAAAAGGUCUGAAGCUAAAGAAACCCCUGCGCCAACUGGGGAUGCCCACUCUAACUUGAUGGCCGCUAUAAGGCAAGCCGGAGGCGCAGGCCGAGCCAAGCUACGACCGGCUGCUUCUUCCACUCCUUCCAAGCCUUCAGCGUCCGGUGGCGAUCUGAUGGCGGAUCUCCACGCCAAGCUGUCGAUGCGCCGGCGCGGCAUCAGCGGCGCCGAGCGGUCCGGCGGCUCCGUACUGCACACGCUAGCCAGCGUCAUCCCCGAACCAGGCGAGUCCACGCCGCAGGCCUCCUCCAGCGGCGACGAGUGGGAGUAACACAACCAACGAGUCAGUGGUAGUAAGACAAUAGUUACAGCAUCAAAUGGGAGACGAGCGAUGGGAGACAUGAGGCCAGGAGUGAGCAAGGCCUACAAUACUUAUGUACAACAUUGGGGCGUCUAGUGUACACUAUGUCCAGCAGUUACACGCGGAGUAAAACAAUAGUUACAGCAUCAAGGCGACCAAUGUAAGAGAAGACAAUGAAUACCAACGACCAGUUAUCUACAACAUUAGGACGGCUCAUGAACACGCUGUUUGGAAACCUGUUGUCGAAAACCCUCGAGUCAAUGUCAAGAUAACAGGUGUCCAGGGGUCGUGAGUGGAACGAUAUAUUUAUGGUUCUGUUGUCAAAUCAUGUUAGGCUACGAGUAGCACCAACUAGGGAUCCUUAGCAGUUCCAUCAACAUUAAUUUAAUUAGAAUUUAUGUCACUCACUGGAAUAGACAUAUAAAUGAACCGCGUCAUAUCUCUAUAACUAUCUGGAUGUGUGUUCAAAUUGUUAGUUGUCUUAAGAUACGCACUAAAAUUAAAAUUAGAGUCUGACAAUGUUUUCACAGACCACCGCGCCUCUGACUCUGGCGCCAACUUUUAUAUACGGCGUGGUUCAUUUAAAGUUUUUUGACACGUUCGCCCCCAAAUUGCGUGCGUUUUGAUGCGUUUGCGUAUUUCUAAACAUUCCGGUUCUUGAAUUAAAUCUCAUUAAAUCAAUUAAAUCAUUAUUCCAAAGAAUCUGUCACGUAUUUAUCAAUCAGUGUUUUCGUAGAAACAUUAUUGGUACAACAUAUUUACGUUUAAAUACGCUCGAUUUUGUGGACUUGCAUUAAUUAGGGUAUUUUAACCGAAAAUAUAAAUGACAUAAAUUUAAUCAAGCAAGAUUUAAACCGAAUACCCUGAAUUUAUAUUAUUGUUUUCACAGAAAUCGAAUUAUUCUAUUCAAAUAUUCUCCCUUUACAUUUUACACAGGAAUACAGGAUUAACUCCAAUAAAUGGUAUUUAUGGAUAUUGGUAUUUUAGUAAAUAUACCUAUAAAACAAGUAGGUAGUCAAUAUUUCGUCCCCUCUUACGGUAUCUAAAUCUCCGACAAACAUUAACAUUACAUCUGACACAAGAUACAUAUUUACUUAAUCAAAUUUAACUGCUUAGUCUGUGUUUCUUUGGAAUUCGCGAAAAAUAGCGGUCAUAUGCAAAUAUUGUACACAAUAAAAUUGGAAAUACUCUUGAGUAUAUUUACGUAAACCUCCCGGGCCCGAGGCCACGCGUCAUUUCGGCAAACAUUUCAUUUCCGCAGACAUUACGUAGUUGCCCGCUACCUAUACCCGACUUUUCGAACCACUAGCUAAUGUGUCGGCUUCAUUUACCUACUUUAUAGGGCUUUCCCGCCGGCAUACAUACGAUUAGUAUAUUCUCAUAGUUACUAACGUAACGUGACCCCAGUAUCUUUAACACCAUAGGUAUGUAAUGAAUGAAGAUCACUGAGGCAUUUGACACGCCACACGUUCUCUCGGAUAUAUCUGAGACCCGCCGAACCUUGCUUAUUCACGUGGAUGACGCAGAAAUCAAUCUCGUGACGUGUAUAGAUUACAAUCAAUCAUAGACUUGCAUAAUUGAAUCACCUGAUUACUUGUUACAUAUUCAAAGGACAACUCUCCAUCGCGUUCUUUUUAACACGAACACUAACUGAAACUAUAAAUCUAUUUGCGCUUCGAUCCACUUCAGUGGAUUCUUAGAAGUGGCUAUAAUUUUAUGAAUUGACGCGAGAUUUAUUGGGUAUUAACGACGAUAUACUAAGAAACAUGUGUAACGUAAUGAGCUAAUUCACUUAUUUAUUUAAACUAUAACUAUAAAGGUCGCUGGGAUAUACGUCGUGUUUUCCAAACAUAGUUUAAUAAAGACAAGAAUUGAGGUAUCAAAUUCCAGUUACCUUCGGAUUGUUUAAAGAUGUUUUUGUCGCUUUUAUUGUUUACAAAUUGUUGAUCCAAUAUGAAUGAAUGAAUCAUUAUCCAGUAUGAAUGAAUCAUUAUCUGUAAGGUCAAGAAAUUGGACUGCUGUCCCGGUCUAUUCACAAUCUCAAAUAACAAUAUGAGGGUCAUAGCGUCUGGAAUAUUGGUUAUCACUAUGAUAGCGUACGAAGCAUAAAAAUCUAUUUCCUUGACUGUUCGUUUAUCGAUUACUCCGCGGUUUUGAAAGUAGACGUUUAAAGCUAUUCAAUAUGCAACUAUCAGAAGAUCCUGUGUUAUCAUCGAAGCCGUCACGAUCCAGAUUUGGAACCGGUGCACCGCAGCGGUGACGUCUAUUUACUCACGAACGCGUCACUGACCAAACAUCGCGCUCGUGCGUGCUCGUUCCAAGUGAUAGCGUGUAUUUGUUUUGGUUUAAAGCUAAAUUUAAAGCGGAGGGAUAUUCUGGCGCGUUCGUUUUUUUAGAUUUUUUAGUAGACUUCCACCCGUAAAAAACGUAUUAACUAAAAUAAACUCCCGAGUAUAAUGUCCAAAACUCAUUAUCGCGCUCAGUUGGUUGCCAGUUUUUUUACCGUACCCUAUAAAAUAAGCGUGUAGGGAUCACGGUGCUAUUAUUGCUAUUAUUAUUUAUAACUUUGGGUUCUACAAAAUACGACCUGUGCUGUGAUUCGAAACAAUUUUCCCCAUGAAAGGAGUCGAAUUGCAUACAAUUACUCCAUCGAAAAGAACUAGGUACCUAAUUCUAUAAAAAAAAACAGACGUCAAGUCAAAACAUUUAGACCUAUAGUAAACCAGACCAAAACCAGUUCUGUCCUGUUACGGCAAAGCAACGUAUAUUAUUUACAGAUACCUAUCUGGGUACGUUGUCUUUUCCUAACAGGGCAAAAAUUGAGACUACGAGAUUUGUACCAACUGUUUAUCGGAGAUCUACUUAUACAGGAAUAUCAGAGCGAUCGGGAACAACUGGUUUCCCGUAUAAAAGGUGCCAACGUCGCGAGUUUCACAUCACCAUAACGCAGGAGUAAGGAAAGGAUAAGAGUAAAGUUGUAUGCAAACGUUUUUGAGACAUCUUUUUUUUUAUAUAUAAAUGGGCUUACUCUUGACCACAGACUAGCCAAAGGCAAAGACGUGGCCUACGAUAGAGUGAGCUCGCCCAGAAGAUGCCUGUUCACUCUUGAUUUGAAAAGCCGCGCUCGUUUAACGAAGCUACUUACACGAGCAAUUUAACAUUUUUAAAACGGGUAGCAUUAUCUUUACAAUACGUGAUAUUACUCUGUAAGUCUGUACAAGAUUAUUCCAUCCGUGGUCAGGAUCGCCGUUUUAGGGCCGGUUACAUCAAAUCGUCUGUCACCGUUAAAGCGUUCGUUAAAUUUUACUGUAAUGUGGUUGAUGCAACUAGCCCUUAGACUUAUAAAAUUGUCGCCCGUGUACAUGAUAAACGAUCAAAAAUAAAUAAUCUUUGCCGGCAAAUUUUAAAAUAUGUAUAUUUAUAAACUCACGGUCAGAGCACAUAAAGACGACACUAAAAUUUACAAUAACUACUAAUUGCCACUUAAAAAAUUGAAAAUAGCUUUGUGGAUUUUGUGGUUUGCCAUAAGGACUCCUUCGCAGUUUAUUUCAUACAAGCAAAAUCUUAUAAUAUAUACGUCAAGCGAUAAAGUGAUACCUUCGAGAAGACUUGGACAGAAACACGUUCGUGUUAACUCGUUGACUCUGCUCCGUUCGUUUACUCCUUUCCCCGCGUUAAUGCAAGUAUAAUGGUGCAAGCUUCCCCGAAGCUGCGCGCGCGCAUAAAUCCCAGCUGAUAUCGGAAAAGGCUCCGUAUUAGAAUAAUCACAUUUCUCACUAAGGGGCUAUCUCUUUUUUAAUUCUGGGAAGGGACGCGAACUAUCGCCGGACGAUUAGUGAUUACAUACAAAAACGGGGGUUUAUUUAGUUAGAGACGCGUAAAUAAGAUAGACUUGAUGUGGACGAAGUUUUACCGUUUAGGUAUUUGUUGGAAACUGUUUGCCUCUUAUGUUCUUUGAUUUUCAUAUGUCCCUUGUUUUCCCUAAAUCGAAUGCAGAAACAGCUGCUAAUGGUCACAUUUUAGGCUCGCUAAUUUCUAUUACUCCAAGAUUCAGAGCUAAUCGGUUUGUAAUUCAAAUGACUUUUAGUUUCUAUGGCCCAGUAAACAUUGGCAACCAGUAAUAGGCUACUGUGGGAAGAUUGGCAGUCUGUUUUAUACGUGUCUUUUGUUUAUAAAUUUUAUUACACAGCGGAAUACGUAUUUUGUCCACGAUUAUAGUUAAUGUGAAUGUUUUAAGUGCCUACGCUAAUUCCAAGUAAGGUUAACGAGGAGAUCUGAGAAGUUGACUUCAUUAUAAUUUAUAUAUGCUUAUUGAUUAUGCCGCGAAAACAUACUUUGUGUUCGCAAUUUUUACCGGUCGACUAAUUCUAACAUUAUUUUAUUAAUUCCAAUGUAAAAUAUAACACAUUUUAUACAAAAAAAUAUCAAAAUGUAGGUAUUAUAUAUAAAUUACAAGAACCAUAUUUGGUUUUUAAAUGCAUAUAUAUUUUCUUUGUAAGAAUGAAAAGAUUGGAUGUGAAUGAAUCGUUAUCGUUAAACACAUAGGUUUGCUUCUUUAUGAGUUAACUGUCAGUCAUAAUUAUGUCUGUAUACUUACAUAUUUUACUUUGUGUCAAUAACAAAAUGAAGUUAGACUAAGUACAUUAUGUAUAAUUAUGUUUAUGGCUGAACACCGCUGUUUCUUUAAGAGUACUUAUAUAAAUCAUGGAUUGAUUACUCGUGGUACUAUAUGUAUACAAUAGUACCCGUGGUAAUAGAUAGAUAGAUCUUUAUUGUUCAACCAUGUUACACGGGUAUAAUUCGUUACAUUAGUAAGUUACAACGGUGACCCAAUUCGGGUAGGUAUACAAUUAUCACUUAAAGCUAAAAAACUAUACUAGGUAUACAUUAUUAGUAAUCAUGUCAUGGCGAAUCAUAAUCAUCGGUCAUAUCAUUCAAAGAAGUCUUUUAAGGUAUUAGUAGUACCUAUCCGAGAUUUAUAUAAGUAGGUACUCUUAAAGACAUAGGGGUGGCUUGGUACAUAGCUUGAAAUUACGCCGGCUACAUUGCUUGUAUGUUUAUUAUGUUUUACUCUAGAUUUAUUUAAUUGAUUAUUAAAGGCAGGUUUAUUUCGUCUAUUUACAAAGUAGAUCACGGUCUUAAGUUGAAACCUUUUAUUUAUUUCUAAAUUUGUAACAUUACAUCGGAUUCCUUAUUUAUUCCCAAUUAAAGGACAUAUAAUAAUUGGAAAGUCUUAUUUUACCAAUUAUUCUGCUUCAGGUAAUGUUUCCCAUUUUCGCAAGUAAUAAAAUAAAUUUUAUUUUAUAUAGGCGAAUAUUCGUUUUAUCUCUCAAAAAUCGACUUCAUUAUUCUACAAUUUGGCGAUACUUAAAUAAAUAUAAUCCUAUUAACUUUUAAUUGCUUGGAUAUGACCACCCAUUUAUGCAAAUUUUAUUUUUAUUUUUUUGACCAAAACUGACUCUGUGCCGCUUUUCGGAAUCCAAGGGAAACCAGUUCAAUAACAGUUACAUCCUGCUGGGAUUCUCAGAAAUCGAUGUUAGAUAUAAUACGCAAAUCGUACACAUCUUUAUAUGGCGACGUAACAGUUACUUAAGAAUUUAAAAGUACAGGUUAAAAACCUCACGGAUUCGAUGGGUCCAUCUGCCAGGCAGGAUCAGAAAUAACGAAAUAAUGGUUUGGUUUGUUUUUAUUAAGUUAAUUCCAUAUUUUAACAUCAAUGAUCCUGAAUUUUUUAAGAGUGCCUAAAAUAAGGUUUAGCUUGUAGCCCCCAGCUUCUCAUAGUGAAGAUUUCUUGGAAUAUGAGUAAAACAAGAGUUUAAUAACCUGUAAUUGUACCUAAUUGGUAAAUUCGUUGUUUUACAGUUGAUAAAGUAAACUUCAGUAAGAUGUAAAAGUGUUUUCCUGUAGCAAUCGAACACAGGUCACAGAUUAAUGGUCAAACAGGAAAUCUAUUCUAUUUUACAUUACAUUUUACAAUAAUAACUAUACUUACCUAUUAUUAAUUAUUAUUUACGCAAAUAUGUUAUGUAGAUAUGCUUAUACAUUACCAACUGUCCUACUCUUGGUAUAUCGGAUAGGUAUCCGUAUAUAGUAAAUAUCUCGUGAAUUUAUGUAAUAGAAAACAAUUUGAGAACUAAAUCAGUUUUCAAAUAAAGCAUCGCUACGUAGUUCGGAGUAUUUUCUCUAAUAUAUUGUGGUAAUUUGCUCUACGUUCGUACAGGUGGAAUGUCGGCUAUGCGCUUUCCCGUUAGUAUAGUAUCUAAAGUAAUUAAUUACGAUGAUGAUACUAUAUGUUAUUGUAUAUUUAUAGUAUUUUUUCGUAAAGUAGAAAUCCGGUAGACUAAUUGCAGUUCUCAUGCAAGCUUGAGCUUUACCUAGAAUCAUAUUUUAGUAAUUGUAUUGUACAAUUGCUAUAAAUAUUUUCAUUUAAAAUCUUAUGGUAAUACAUACUCGUACUUUCGUUUGCGACUAACACAUAUGCUAAUAACGUUCGUCUAUAAAAUUCGUGCCAGAGGAAUAGGACCAAAUAAAAACUAAUUUCACGAUUGAAACAUGUGCAAAGGCUUGUCCACACGUGCUUACCAAAUCACAACCCCGUCUGGCACCCCACUAAGAAAAAAAAGUUAUUUUAACACCACAAGCGGUCCCGAAACAGGCCCAUUUCUAAUAAAUUACAAAAAGCGGGGGAUACUCAAUUUGUCUAAUAUAUUAUUAACCUUUUAACUUUGAGGGGAUACAGAGAAUGUUCCUAUUAUUGUAAUGGAUGAAGGGAUUAUCUCUUUCUCUUUCGGCCUAAUGGAUUUGAAAAGGUUAUUAAUUUUUUCUCGUCUGAGAUUACGCCCGCUUGUAUAUUUUAUCUAGGCAAAUAAUUACACACAUGCUUUUUACUUGGAAUAUUAUAUUAUACAUUCUUGAUGCCUACUAGCCGACCCUGGCUACGCAAAUUCUAUCAAAAGCAGUUAAAUUACUACUCACAAUUUUGAACUCUACGUACAAGAAUGUAUCGAUGUACUACACUGGUACACUAAAUAAGCAACUAAACCGACUUAUUAUAAUAACUUAUAGAACCUCCCUGAAUUACCAAUUAGUGACGGCUUAGCUUAAAGAUCCCGGCCUUUUACGUGAUGGGCUUAGUCUAUAGGCGUAUUAGUCAAAUCCGCACCGGCGGUGCCUUUCUGCCUCACUAUUUUGUUUGUUCCUAAGAAUCCUUUGCUUUACUCGUACCUAGCAUAGUUUGGCCUUAAAAUUACCUAUAAUAAGCUCGGGGCUAGAGGUCAGAUUUGUACUAACAUUACACUGGACGGUAGUGGAGCCGACUGCAUUUGUAUUCGGGUGCGGCGCGUGCGCACAGUUACGUUCCAACGAAUAGCUGUGCGCGGGUUAACAGAAACAUGGAUUAGUAACGUGAGACUUUAUUCCGAAUUCUGAGCGCGGUUGGGGCUUGGAUACUACAAAGUCGAUUGUUACUUAUUUAAAGCGUUACGUAAAAUAAAUAGCUAAGCUUUUCCGCCAAAGGAGAUCCUUUAAUCCUAAUACCUACACAUGUUUGCUUCCGUGUAAUUUUGUCUUACUUCUCU